UUUAGAUAGGAAAAACCAGCUCAACAUCUUCGCGACGACGAUGUCCAAUGCAGCAGAAAACAGUUUCAGGGGUAUGAAGCAGAUUUUAUCAGAAUUAGAACCGGACACGGACGCAAAUACCAUAUUUGAAUUAAAAGAACGCGCCCAUAUGUUUUGUGCUAGGUUUCUUGGUGGCGCUUGGAAGGCGGUCGGGAUUGGAGAACUUCAACUGGAACGGUUAAAAGGUGGUAUGAGUAACAUGCUGUUUUUGUGUCGUCUUCCGGAUGCAUAUCCGCUACUUUCAAACGAACCAGACAAAGUGCUGCUACGAAUUUAUUUUAAUCCAGAAACCGAAAGUCAUCUCGUAGCGGAAUCGGUCAUCUUCACUUUAUUAUCAGAACGCCACCUCGGCCCGAAAUUGUAUGGAGUAUUUAGCGGCGGACGGUUGGAAGAGUAUAUUCCGUCUCGACCACUUUCGUGGAAAGAGCUUGCCCUUCCGGAAAUGUCCAGUAGAAUAGCACAGCGAUUGGUUCGAGUGCAUCAGCUGGAGGUACCGAUUUGGAAAGAACCUGAUUAUUUAUGCGAUGCACUUAGCAGAUGGCUGAAACAGCUUACGCAGACACCGAGUGGUUCACGAGAAUUUGUGAUUCCAAGCUGUUAUUCAAAUUUUGCCUCUCAGAUUAUCACUUGUGAAGAUAUUGCUAACGAACUCGACUUUUUGAAGAAAUGCGUCAGCAAAAGUAAAAGCAUUGUCACGUUUUGCCACAAUGAUCUCCAGGAAGGAAAUAUAUUACUUCCGCGAUCAAGUUCCGGUAAUAUUAUCACUUCAUCGGUUACACAACGGAAUUCUUCAUCAGCAACAAACGCAUCACGUCUUGUGAUCAUUGAUUUUGAAUACGCGAGCUACAAUCACCGAGGAUUUGAUUUCGCAAAUCACUUCGUGGAGUAUUCAAUCAAUUACGACAUCGACAAAGCUCCAUUUUAUGAGAUAGAUGAGCACCAGUUUCCAAGCGAUGAACUGCAAUACGAUUUUUUUGUUUCUUAUUUGAAUGAACUUGAGCCGUUCUCUUCGAUGGCCGAAUGCGAUAAAAAAGCAAGAGCUAUGAUUGAGGAAACGAGACCAUUUGUCCCAGUGUCUCACUUUUUUUGGGGUGUUUGGGGUUUGCUGCAAGUUGAAGUGUCGCCUGUUGAUUUCGGAUUUGCUGAGUAUGGGCGCGAUCGACUAGGUUUGUAUUAUAAAAAUAAGCAUUUGCUUCUAAAACUUCUGGAAGAUUCAAGUUGAGGAUCAGAAGCAAUAGAAUCAAAUUUGGACAUUCAUUGCAUCCUAAAGCGAAUUAUUCAUGUUAUUGUUUUUGACCGAAAUAUCUAACUUCAUUAAUACAUCAUAUUAUUUCAAAUGGCUUGAAUCUAUAAGAGAUUCGUAAAUUAUGUCAGGGUAACAAGUAUCAUCAGUAAUGGACUAUAGCAUGUUUGGAACGUUGGGGUUAAGUGCUAUACGGAUUGGCAUUCUGCAACAGUGAAAUUUUAUCUUGAAAUUUUGAUACAUUGGAGCAUAAACGAUGAUAUAGUC